GUCCCACCCGCUGCUCCAAGACCGCUCCGGAGGACAGAGAUAGUUUGAGAUUUUCCUACUCAAACUACAGACACAUACAGUGAAGCGAACCCACUUUCCUACUCUCGGUCGUAAGAACUUUCACUUUUUAACCGUCACUCAGCCGCAUCAAAAGCAGAGGAGAAACCAUAUGAAGAACAGAGAUCGCAGGAGAGUGUAUAAGAGCGUGAGUAUCAUGUUCUUCGUGGCCGUGGUGGCACUGACAGUCGUCCAGAGGGGGAGCAUCAACAUGGGGGCUCCCUUUGCGCUCGAAAGACAGACUCGCAUGCACGCUUCUGAAGGAGUGGCGCCCAGAGGAGGUCUGGAGGAGAAAAUGAGCACGUACUUGGGGAUGAAAGGUUUCUGGAAUGCCGGUAGGCCACGGCCUAAAGCUCGCCUGACGACGGCGGAGCCCAGAGUCACUGAAAACCAAAUUCGGGGUACCUGGGAUGUAACCAGCUCUAACUGCAGUGCCAACCUCAACCUCUCUGGCCAGGCCUGGUUCAAUGGCCUGGAGAAAAGCUUCAAGCAGUUCAUGCUGUAUCGACACUGUCGUUUUUUCCCCAUGCUCCUCAACCACCCAGAGAAGUGCACGGGGGACAUAUAUUUGCUGAUGGUCGUUAAAUCGGUGGCUACCCAGUACGAUCGCAGGGAGGUCAUUCGAAAAACCUGGGGCAAAGAGCGGCUGGUGGAUGGCAAGAGGAUAAAGACCCUCUUCCUUCUCGGAAAGCCCUCCAGCGAAGUGGAAAGAGCGAACCACCAGAAACUCGUGGAGUAUGAAGACUACAUCUUUGGGGAUAUCAUACAGUGGGACUUCUUAGAUACCUUCUUCAACCUGACUCUCAAGGAGACCCAUUUCCUCAAGUGGUUCCACACGUACUGCCCCAGCGUGCGCUACGUCUUCAAGGGGGACGACGACGUCUUCGUCAGCGUGGAGAACAUUUUUGAGUUCCUAGAGAGCAGCAGUCGGGAGAAGAACCUCUUCGUGGGGGAUGUGAUUUUCAAGGCUAAACCCAUUCGCAAAAAAGACAACAAAUAUUACAUCCCUCUGGCUUUGUACGAUAAGACAUACUACCCUCCGUAUGCGGGCGGAGGAGGUUUUUUGAUGGAUGGAACGCUGGUUCGAAGGCUCCACGGGGCUGCGGACACCCUGGAGCUUUACCCCAUCGACGACGUCUUCCUGGGCAUGUGUCUGGAGGUACUGCAGGUCACGCCCGUGAAACACAAUGCCUUUAAGACGUUCGGCUUGGUGAAAAAUAAGAAGAGCAAGAUGAACCGGGAGCCGUGUUUCUUCAAAAACAUGAUCGUGGUGCACAAGCUGCUCCCAUCAGACCUCAUGCACAUGUGGAACCUGGUCAACACCGACCUGGUGUGCUCACAGAAAAUGGAGCUCCUAUAGCUUCAGAGAGCACCUUUUAAGGACUUCCUCAAAAGUAAAUUAUAAGGACUUUUUUAAAAAAAAGCUUAUCUAGAAUUGUGUAUUUAUAUUGGGGUUUUGAAAAGGGACACCGUCAGCACUCAAAUUCAGAAACAGCACCUAAGCGGAGCUGCUGCGUGAAUGGUAUUUUAUUCUGUUAUUUAAUGUUAUGUUUUUUGGGUUCUGUCGGAAACGUACAUCCUCCUCAUGUCUUUCUCAACGGUCAGGGUGGGAUCCCUCUAAUUUGGUGUGGUGGAGGGAUUUUGUUGAAUCAGGAACAUUCAACGUUGUAAAUCAUCUCUGGAAAUGAAACCCACUAAUGUGACAACAUUUAAGUUUUACAGUUCAUUUUCAUUUAAAAGGACAGAUGAUGAAUGAGUGUUUUAUUUGAUGUAACUUAUUGUGCCUUUGGUUAGUUAAGAGGUGUUGCUUUUUGAGAGUCAGAGCACGUGGAUUUAACGGGGAUAUACAUUGCUUCAAUUUGAAACAGUUUGGAAUACUCUGAUGACUGAAGACAGUUAAAAGUCAGAGAAGAAAUACAUCUACCUCACUGACUUGGGAAAAAAAAAACACAUUUCAAUAUAAGUGGCCACUUUUUAUUUCAUGCACAUGUAUUCACGCAAACACACAUACGUCAGUUGCACUCCUCGCAGUCCAUAUUUGAAAUAUGACUGGCUUAAUUUAAACAUCCUUAGCAUGUGUACCACUGGAAAUAUGUGCAGUAUUUACAUGUGUUAUCUGUCGAUUUGAAUGUGCCGACUUCUACUUGACAUAAAUUUGGUUAAUGGUGAGCAACGACACUGUGAACUGAAACUUUUCUUGCUGGUACGACUGUAUGGCGCGAUAUUUUGAUUAGUCCCCCAAUAACAGGGGGCCCAAGCGGGGUUUUUUACGCUUUUAAAAGCGAGCAGUAAACCUUUUAAUGGAACAUCCCAAAAUCAUUGAAUGAUGUGGGUGAAGUGGUUGAAGAUUUAUGUCUAGGUUAUAUAAACCUGUGUAAAGAUCUGUGUGUACAUAGGGUCCUAUUGUAAAUAAACAACUUGAC